AUGACGAGGAAGAAGUCCGAGAAGAGGAUUGCAAACAUAUCUUACAAGGUGAUGGAUCGUGCCUGUACCAAUGCGGUUCAAAGGCUCGUUUCUGGAAAAAGUGGUGAACCCGAGCGCACACACACCCCUUUCUCGGCGGCGGACGACAAAACAUUGAAGGAGCUGGACGUCAAGACAUUUUGCAUUGGCCCUUUGAAAGACAAGCACAUUUCAGACUUGACCAGCCUCGUGUCAAGGAUUACGACACCGGACACCGCGGGCCCUACUCGCAGUGAACCCAGUCGCGUUCCAGACAACAACCGUCCUCUGGAUGGCGAUGGCGGGGAAAGGGAACCUGAAUCAAACCUGGCGGAGGGAAAUUCCGGGCAUCCUCGUCAGAGUCGGCGACUUUUCGAACAAAACAAUACCGAAUACCUGACGAAGGUUGUGGAUAUUGUCUGGAAGCAAGAAGGGGACAGUCUUUCAAAGAACAUCGAUUAUGUCCUGUGUCAUUUCGGACAAUCGCCUGAAGCGAGAUCACGAAUGCUGAUCGAUAUUCUUGUCGUAUUUUCUGGCCGAAUCUGCAAAGAGGAGUUUGACCGGUCUGCGUUCCACUUCUUGGAGCUGACUGUCGACGAUGGUACUUUAAACGAUUCAAAACCUGGAGGCCCGGUUGAGGUACCGAGUAUCUUCCGUGGUCGCAUACUGUCCCUCACAGGGAGACUGGACUAUGCUACAGUGGCAGGAGACGGGGUCACGUCGGGUCUCAUUGCCAGUAGCCAACCAAGCCUCAUCAAGGUUAACAACCUGGCAGAACUAAGGGAUGCCCUUGCGGAAAAGCUUCCGCGAAACGCAAAAAUCAAUUUCUGGAUCCUGGAAGCUGAUGUCUAG